GAGCUGAAUAGACGUUGGUCUGUACGGCGCAUGCGCCGUUCACUCUAGGGCUCCACUGUCAUGGCGGUGACGAACUGAAGCUACCGGGGCAGAUCAGGAAGCAAACCCAGCGCAGUUCGCUCAACCUUGUCGUUUUACCGAGUCUCCGGAGCUUCCCGGGCAGCGCCGAGCACACAUCCGUCUGCGACCCGCUUCUUCGGAGCCGGACAUAGGACUUCUCCCCUCCUUUGUUGGGAGUUUUCGGUUGUGAGUGUCAAGUGAGUGCACUCGGAGACAGCAGCAACUUCCACAGCUGAAGGGGAGAAAUUAAAGUAACCGUGUCCAGAGGAGAGAGCUGGUGGAGCGGGAGGACGGCUGGCUGCUUGCUGCCUGCGGUGUGUGUGUGCUUUCUUCACGGCUUUAAUCGCAUCAAUUAAUCCGUGGGGUUAUCAAAUUACGGAGCGAGCAGGACAGAGAGUGACUGGAAGAGCGGUGACAUUUCCGACCAGCACCACAUUCCCCCGUUGCUCCCUUUUUACAGCGUCCCUCAAAAACUACUUUAAAUGGGAAGAAAAGGGCUCUGAGUAUGUGUCUCUAGACUGGUCACAACUCAUCUGAAGGGGGAGACAGUAGAACCGCAAUACCCUCCGACCCCUCGACGUCGGCUGCUCCCUCGCCAUUGGAGGUGAACAGGUGCCUUACCUGUGAACGCCACCUGUCCCGUCCUUCCUUAGCAAAUGGCUAGCGCAGAGGCGGCGGAGCCAGGUGAUGGAAAGGACGGGCGAGCGGGCGCCAUGCAGCUCUACCCCGCGGUCCCCAUCAGGGGGAUCAGGAUGAAGUUCGCCGUGCUGGCUGGCCUGGUGGAAGUUGGAGAAGUUUCCAACCGAGACAUCGUGGAGACCGUGUUCAACUUGCUGGUCGGCGGUCAGUUUGACCUCGAAAUGAACUUCAUCAUCCAGGAGCCAGAGAGCAUUUUGUGCAUGGUGGAGCUGCUGGACAAGUGUGAGCCCACGUGUCAGGCCGAGAUCUGGAGCAUCUUCACCGCCAUCCUCAGGAAAAGCGUGCGGAACCUGCAGGUGUGCACUGAGGUGGAGCUCAUCCAGCAGGUGCUGAACAGGAUCUCCACCACUGACAGCAUGAUUGCAGACCUGCUGGUGGACAUGUUGGGUGUGCUCGCCAACUACAGCAUCACAGUAAAGGAGCUCAAGCUUUUCUUCAGUAAGCUUCAAGGGGAGCAGGGCCAGUGGCCGCGUCACGCCGUGAAGCUUCUGUCGGUGCUGAAGUUCAUGGCUCACAGGAACGGUCCAGACUCCUUCUUCAGCUUCCCUGGGAAGAAUGCAGCUGCUAUAGCUCUACCCCCCAUUGCAAGGUGGCCGUACCAGAAUGGAUUUACGUUCCACACGUGGAUCCGAAUGGAUCCUCUAAACAACAUCAACGUGGAUAAAGACAAGCCUUAUCUAUACUGCUUCCGCACCAACAAAGGCUUGGGCUACUCUGCACACUUUGUGGCCGGCUGUUUGAUAGUGACCUCAUUGAAGUCAAACGGCAAAGGCUUGCAGCACUGCGUGAAGUACGACUUCAAACCACAGAAGUGGUACAUGGUGACUCUGGUUCACAUCUACAAUCGGUGGAAGAACAGUGAGAUCAGCUGCUUUGUGAACGGAGAGCUGGCCUCCUACGGAGACAUCGCCUGGUUCGUCAACACCAGCGACACGUUCGACAAGUGCUUCCUCGGAUCGUCUGAGUCGGGCGACGUGAACCGUGUCUUCUGUGGACAGAUGGGCGCCGUUUACCUGUUUGCAGAAGCUCUCAGCGCCGCUCAGAUCCUGGCCAUCUAUCAGCUGAGCCCCGGCUACCAGGGAACGUUCAAACACAGGGCGGAGAGCGACCUGCUGUUUGCGGAGCAUCAUAAGACGCUGCUGUACGACGGCAAGCUGGCCUCCAGCAUCGCCUUCACCUACAACCCCUGUGCCACGGACGCCCAGCUCUGCCUGGAGUCCUCCCCGAAGGACAACGCCUCCAUCUUUGUCCACUCUCCACACGCUCUCAUGCUGCAGGACGUGAAGGCUGUGGUAACUCACUCAGUGCAGAGUGGCAUCCACUCCAUCGGUGGCGUCCAGGUCCUCUUCCCUCUGUUUGCACAGCUGGAUUAUUGGCAGCCCUGCAGUCAAGAGCCCGACACAUCUGUCUGCUGCACGCUGCUGUCCUUCAUGAUGGAGCUCUUGAAGAACUCUGUGGCUAUGCAGGAGCAGGUUCUGGCCUCCAAGGGCUUCCUCGUCAUCGGCUACACGCUGGAGAAGUCCUCCAAGGUGCAUGUAACGCGGCCCGUCCUGGACAUUGUCCUGGCCUUCUCCAGAUACCUCAGCAACCUGCAGAACGGCAUCUACUUACUCAAGCAGCUGUGCGAUCACAUUCUGUUCAACCCAGCCAUCUGGAUCCACGCCCCUGCCAAGGUGCAGCUGAUGCUCUACACCUACUUGGCGACAGAGUUCAUCAGCACGGUGACGAUUUAUAACGCCGUCCGCAGGGUGGGCACCGUGCUGCAGGUCAUGCAUACCCUGAAGUACUUCUAUUGGGUGGUCAACCCCCACGACCGCAGCGGAGUCGUACCCAAAGGCGUCGACGGUCCGCGGCCCAGUCAGAAGGAGAUGCUCUCUCUGCGAGCCUUUCUGCUGCUCUUCAUCAAGCAGCUCAUUAUGAAGGAUCAUGGAGUGAAGGAAGACGAGCUGCAGAGCAUCCUCAACUACCUCCUCACCAUGCACGAGGAUGAAAACCUGAUGGACGUCCUGCAGUUGUUGGUGGCUCUGAUGUCUGAACACCCUGGCACCAUGGUCCAAGCCUUCGACCAGAGAAACGGAAUCCGGGUUAUUUAUAAGCUGCUGGCCUCCAAAAAUGAAGGGAUCAGAGUCCAGGCCCUGAAGGUCAUGGGCUACUUUCUGAAGAGCUUAUCAGUGAAGAGGAAGUCUGAGGUCAUGCUGACCCACGGCCUUUUCUCGCUGCUCUCCGAACGCCUGAUGCUCCACUCCAACCCGUUCACCAUGACGACCUACAACACCCUGUUUGAGAUUCUAACAGAGCAGAUCUGCACCCAGGUGAUCCACAAGCAGCAUCCAGACCCCGACUCCUCUGUGAAGAUCGUCAACCCGCAGAUGCUGAAGGUAAUCGCUGCUCUGCUGAAGAACUGCCCCCAGUCGCCUGAGAGCAUGGAGGUCCGCCGGGUCUUCCUGUCAGACAUGAUCAAGCUGUUCAAUAACAGCCGAGAGAACCGCAGGAGCCUGCUGCAGUGCUCCGUGUGGCAGGAGUGGAUGCUCUCCCUCUGCUUCGUCAGCCCGCGCAGCAGCGAGGAGCAGAAAAUCACCGAGAUGGUCUACGCCGUCUUCCGCAUCCUGCUCUACCACGCCAUCAAGUACGAGUGGGGCGGCUGGCGCGUCUGGGUGGACACGCUGUCCAUCACCCACUCCAAGGUCAGACUCAUCACAGAGACAUCAUCCCUGUCGCCUGGCUGGGUAACUCCCACUGGAACCGAAGCCUCGCUCCCCUCGCCCAUCAGAUUAAAACCGCCGAGGCUUUCCGCUGAUUAUCGUUUAAAAGCUCGUUACAGCACGACCCGACAGAUGUUCCAGCAGGUGGGCCCGCUGACACCACAGCCCUCCCACUCUCAGCUCACACAUCCCCUUCAAGGUGCCCCUCUGCACCAGAAAACCAAAUCUGUCAACGGGUCGCCAGCUGAAGAGAUGGCACCCUCAACGGUCGUUGAGCUCGCAGUAGAUGAAGGGUCCCAAAAAUCCCUCCGCUCAGCGUCCGGUUCCACCAUCACUUCUAUGCCUGUGGAGGCUGCAGAGGACAGGAACCAACCAUCCGUCACCGUGUCCAACAUCCUAGCCAGAGCUGAGGAAGAGCAGAACGUGGAGUUGUCUUCUGCUGAUCAAUCAAACGUUGACAAAGAAACUUCUACUGCGGUGCACAAAGAUGAAGUGACGGAGCCAGCAUCUGAGAAAAGCAGCCAUGAUGCAGAAACGUCAGGGAAUGCUCAGAGUGACGCUUCUUUUCCAACAAGGGAAGACGAUUCUGCUGCCCCAACAAAGGAUGACGUGCAGACAGAGGUAGCCCACCUUGAGCAAGGGGAUUCAUCAAAGCUCUCAACCGAAGAGUCAAGUGUAGCUUCUGAAAAAGGAGUUGAGAGCAAGCAGAUGUCCUCCGAGCCUCCAGCUCCCCUGGAGAACAGCGUAGUGGGUGGAGCUUCCAUUUUCAACGAGGACUUGGUCGACGUGUCGUCCGUUAGCGACCAGAUCAACCCGAGCGAUGUGGACGAUAGCCAAGAAGAGUCGUCUUAUGCUUCAGCUGCUACGGGAGAAGAAGGAGAGCCUGUGAAAAAAGAGGAACAUGAGCAUGAAGGGGAUGGAAGCAAAACAAAAGAUCUCAGAGAACAGGAGCCAAAAACGGAAGAAGCUGACCAAAGUGUUAAGGAACCCACCAAAGAAAAUGUUAGUGGUCCAGAGUCUUCCUCUAAGUCAGAAGGUGUUGCUUCAGACCAACAGGCGGCAGCAGCUCCAGAGGCAACCCCACAAAGCCAGCCUUCAGAGUCCAAUAUGUCCGCCGCAAAGGAGACCCCUCCAGAGGCCCCUGACACCAGCACCCCAGGCUCCAGCACCAGCAAGACUCCAGAUCCUGCCAGAAAGACCAAAGAGACCAAAAUCGCCCGGCUGGAUGUGGCAAAUGUUGCCGUGGACACAGAGAGACUUGAACUCAAGGAGACCUCUACUACAGAAUCAAGCCAAGGCCAAACCACAGGUGCAGCAGGGGAAGCAGGAAGUCCACCAGGCCAACCAGAAGACGGCAGCACCUCGGCUCCUCGCUCCACCAUGUUCCGUAUCCCAGAGUUCCGCUGGUCCCACAUGCAUCAGCGGCUCCUCACCGACCUACUCUUCUCUAUUGAGACGGACGUUCAGGCGUGGAGGAGUCACUCCACAAAAACGGUCCUGGACUUUGUGAACAGCAGCGAGAACACCGUGUUUGUCCACAACAGCAUCCACCUGGUGUCCCAGGUGGUGGACAACCUGAUCAUGGCCUGCGGAGGCAUCCUGCCUCUGCUGUCCGCUGCCACGUCUGCCUCCCAUGAGCUGGAGAACAUCGAGCCGUCCCAGGGUCUGUCGGUGGAGGCCUCCGUCACCUUCCUCCAGCGCCUUAUCAACCUGGCGGACGUUCUCAUCUUCGCCAGCUCUCUGAACUUCACCGAGAUCGAAGCGGAGAAGAACAUGUCGUCGGGGGGAAUCCUGCGCCAGUGCCUCCGCCUCGUAUGUGCUAUAGCAGUGAGAAACUGUCUGGAGUGCCAACAAGCCCAGUUUAAAGGGGCAGAAGGUCCGACCAGAAGCUACACCGUCAUGCCCAGCACCGCAGGGGGAACGGCCAAGUCUGCGUCUGCUCAGAGUCCCAUCGACGCGGUGACGGGGGGAAUGUCCACCGUCAGAGACCUGGACCGGCUCCUCCAGGACAUGGACAUCAACCGCCUCAGGGCCGUCGUGUUCAGAGACAUCGAGGACAGUAAACAGGCUCAGUUUCUGGCGCUGGCUGUGGUCUACUUCAUCUCAGUCCUCAUGGUGUCAAAGUAUCGGGACAUCCUGGAGCCCCACAACGACAGGAAACCCCCUCUCCGCUCCCAGUCUACCAGGAGUACAGACAGCAGCGCCGAGGUGGAGAACGGCGUCUCUCUAAGACGCUACGACUCGGGCAUCGGCGAUGACCACACGUCGGCUGUGGCCAGCGAGGCCGACCUGUCUUCCUCCGGCGGCCCGGACGCCGUCUCGGAAGCCCUGUCCACCCUCUCCUCCGAGGUCCGCGGCGCGCCCUCCGCCGACUCCAAGUCCAAGAACGUGAAGGACAUCCUCCGCAGCCUGGUGAGCGCGCCGGCCGAAGACAUCAUGGUGGACCCCACUCUGCUGCCCCUGUCCUUUCUGGGACCCGUGACCCACUUGGACCGGCGAUCAUCGCUCCAGUUUCGCUCGUUCGAUAGAAGUGUCGUCGUCGCGCCAAAGAAAGCCGGCGUGUCUCAAGUGUCUCCCGCUCCCGCCCAGACCUCCGCCGCCGCUUCAGUCUCCGCCGGGACGCCGGCGGACGGCGUGGCCGUGGUGUCCUCAGGCGACGCCUCCCAGGUCCACUCUGUGGACGCUGCAGAUCCAGGCGGCCAGGUUGCAGCAGGCGGCCAGGUUCCAGCCAGCUCCAGCCUGCCAUCUGUCCCCCCACUCUCCCCUGUGACCCAGAACACAGCCCCCAAUAUGAGCAUCUCAGAGCGCCUGGAGCACGCGUUGGAAAAGGCCGCUCCGCUGCUGAGGGAGAUCUUCGUGGACUUCGCCCCGUUCCUGUCCCGGACCCUGCUGGGCAGCCACGGACAGGAGCUGCUCAUCGAGGGCACCAGUCUGGUGUGCAUGAAGUCCAGCAGCUCGGUGGUGGAGCUCGUCAUGCUGCUGUGUUCUCAGGAAUGGCAGAACUCCAUCCAGAAGAACGCAGGACUGGCCUUCAUCGAGUUGGUCAACGAAGGCAGGCUUCUCAGCCACACGAUGAAGGACCAUCUGGUUCGCGUAGCCAACGAGGCCGAGUUCAUCCUGAGCAGACAGCGGGCCGAAGACAUCCAUAAACAUGCAGAAUUUGAGUCGAACUGCGCCCAGUAUGCGGCAGAGAAGCGAGACGAGGAGAAAAUGUGCGACCACUUGAUCCGAGCCGCCAAGUUCCGCGACCACAUGACCUCCACCCAGCUCAUCCAGAAGAUCGUCAACAUUCUGACUGACAAACACGGAGCCUGGGGAAGUUCGUCCAUCAGCCGGCCGAGGGAGUUCUGGCGCCUGGACUACUGGGAGGACGAUUUAAGGAGACGAAGGCGCUUCAUCAGGAACCCGUUUGGAUCCAGUCACUCGGAAGCGGCGCUCAAAGCGGCUGGCGAACACGCGUCCGAGGACGACAUCCUGAAGCAGUCCAUCAGGGGCCAGGCUCUGGCCAAUCAGAACACGGAGAGCGAGACGUCCCUGGACGGGGACGACGACACCCUGUCCUCCCUGGAGGACAAAGACCUGGAGAACCUAACAGGCCCGGUAAACUUGAGCACCAGCGCCCAGCUCGUCGCUCCGGCUGCGGUGGUGAAAGGCACCCUGUCGGUCACCGCCUCCGAGCUCUUCUUCGAGGUGGAUGAGGACGAUCCGAGCUUCAAGGCCAUCGAUCCAAAGAUUUUGUCCUACACUGAAGGUCUUCAUGGAAAGCAGAACACGGCUCUGGAAGUGUACAUGGCAAACAGAACGGCCGUCAUGUUCAACUUACCAGAUGCAGCCACACCCAUUGGAGCGUUGAACCCCAAGAGGGCGGCGUUCUUUUCAGACAGAUACGAGUCCUGGGAGGACGACCAGGUGCCCAAGUUCCACUACGGGACCCACUACUCCACCUCCAGCUUCACCCUGAUGUGGCUGCUCCGCAUCGAACCCUUUACCACGUUCUUCCUUAACUUCCAAGGAGGGAAGUUCGACCACGCCGACCGCACCUUCUCCUCCUUGUCCAGGGCCUGGAGGAACUGCCAGAGGGACACAUCCGACGUUAAGGAGCUGAUCCCAGAGUUCUUCUACCUGCCUGAGAUGUUCGUCAACGCCAACAACUACAACCUGGGAGUGAUGGAGGACGGCACCGUUGUCUCUGAUGUGGAUCUUCCGCCUUGGGCCAAAAGCUCGGAGGAGUUUGUUCGCAUCCAUCGCCAGGCUCUGGAGAGCGAGUUCGUGUCCUGCCAGCUCCACCAGUGGAUUGACCUGAUUUUCGGCUACAAGCAGCAGGGACCCGAAGCUGCCAGGGCCCUCAAUGUUUUCUACUAUCUGACAUAUGAAGGCGCGGUCAACCUGAGCUCCAUUAACGACCCCAUGCUCAGAGAGGCUGUGGAGGCUCAGAUCAGGAGUUUUGGACAGACUCCUUCUCAGCUGCUCAUUGAGCCACACCCGCCUCGAAGUUCAGCCAUGCAGGUGACGCCGCUGAUGUUCACGGAGCAGAUGCAGCAGGACGUCAUCAUGGUGCUGAAGUUCCCGUCCAAUUCUCCUGUGACACACGUGGCGGCCAACACCCAGCCGGGCCUCGCGUCGCCCGCCAUCAUAACCGUCACCGCCAACCGUCUCUUCUCUGUCAACAAAUGGCACGGCUUGACAGGUCAUCAGAACGCCGGGGAGCAGCAGUACCAACUUCCUGUGGAAAUUGACCCUUUGAUAGCCAGCAACGUGGGCUGUCACCGCCGUCAGAUCUCAGACCUCCUGGAUCAGAGCAUCCAGAUCAGCUCGCAGUGUUUCGUCAUCACCGCCGACAACCGCUUCAUCCUGCUGUGUGGCUUCUGGGACAAGAGCUUCCGGGUCUACUCCAUCGACACAGGGAAGCUGACGCAGAUCGUGUUCGGGCAUCGGGACGUGGUGACGUGCCUCGCCCGCUCCGAGUCGUACAUCGGCGGCGACUGCUACAUUCUGACGGGCUCCAGAGACGCCACCCUGCUGCUCUGGUACUGGAACGGAAAGCACAGCAGCAUCGGAGAGAGCCCGGGCACAGAGUUUACCACACCGAGGGCCAUCCUGACGGGACACGACUGUGAGGUGACGUCUGUCAGCGUUUGUGCUGAGUUGGGUCUCGUCAUCAGUGGCUGCAAGGAGGGUCCCUGCCUGGUGCAUUCCAUGAACGGAGACCUGCUCCGGACCCUGGAGGCCCCGGAGAGCUGCCUGCGGCCCCGGCUCAUCCAGUCCUCCACCGAGGGCCACUGCAUGAUCUACUACGACAAGGGACACUUCUGUCUCUUCAGCAUCAACGGCAAGCUGCUGCGACACAUGGAGGUGCAGGACAACAUCAAGGCCAUGCUGCUGAGUCAGGACGGUCAGUAUCUGCUGACGGGUGGAGAUGGUGGAGUCGUGUCCAUCUGGCAGGUGUGUGACCUCAAACAGCUCUUCACCUUUCCUGGCUGUGACGCGGGAAUCCGCUCCAUGGCAAUGUCACAUGAUCAACGGUGCAUCAUCACUGGCAUGGCGUCCGGCAGCAUCGUCCUCUUCUACAACGACUUCAACAGGUGGCAUCACGAGUACCAGACCAGAUACUGAGGUCCAGACCAGAUACUGAGGUCCAGACCAGAUACUGAGGUCCAGACCGCGGCGCCGCCAGCUGUCCCGACGUGAACUUUCAUCAAACGGUGCUGUUCUGCCAACAGCUCCACGUUCUGAAUGUAUCUCGGUGGGAAGAGAAGGAGGGGGGAGGAUCUGUUCUGUCAGAGCAACAAACUAUUUUU